AUGAUACGAAGGCAUAGCCACUCAGAAUACAAAAACAGAAAAGCCAGUAAUCACUAUCGUAUUAACAAAAAGAAUGCCAGCUAUAUAAUUUUUGUAGUAUUUUAUGGUGUUUUUUCUGUGCUUGCUUAUUUGGUUUUUUGGUUUGGUUGUUUUGAACAGGGGAAAGUUGCCCAGACAGCUUGCAUGUCAGCCUGCCAGCAUCUGUCAACAUCCUUAAUGCAGAUGCUACUGGACAGUGAGUUAAAACAGAUAAGCAUGGGAGCUGUGCAGCAAUUUAACUUAGAUGUCAUUCAGUGUGAAUUGUUUGCCAGCUCUGAGCCUGUGCCAGGAUUCCAAGGGGAUACCCUGCAGCUAGCAUUCAUUGACCUCAGACAACUCCUUGACCUGUUUAUGGUUUGGGAUUGGUCUACUUAUCUAGCUGAUUAUGGACAGCCAGCUUCUAAGUACCUUCGUGUGAAUCCAAACACAGCCCUUAUUCUUUUGGAGAAGAUGAAGGAUACUAGCAAAAAGAACAAUAUAUUUGCUCAGUUCAGGAAGAAUGACCGAGACAAACAGAAGUUGAUAGAGACAGUGGUGAAACAGCUGAGAAGUUUGGUGAAUGGUAUGUCCCAGCACACAUAGACUGCACAUUGUUUGUACUCAGUAAUAUCAAAUCCAUGACUGAGCAUUGAUCUCUAACAAGCACGGGUCAUGAUAGAGAAUUCAGAAUUUGUUUACAGAAUUAAAAAAUAUAGCAGAGAAAACACACUGAUGAGGGCUUAAACAAGAAAUAGUAACAAGUAUCAUUUAUAUGGAUUUUUAAAUAAUUGAAUACUAUUUUAUAUAUGGAAAACAUGACAUUAAUUUUUUU